AUGGCAGGCUGCUUUGGUUCUUCCAUGUGUAGAACGUGGGUGAUAGAGGAAGAGGAGGAUGAAGAUGAUUUUCAUUUGAUUGUUGAUGACGACUACUUGGAGAGGGAUCAUGCAGUCGGGGAUGCGAGGAUCCGUGCUGACUACUUUGGUCCCAAUCCUGUUUACUCGGCGUUCCAGUUCCGUCGAAGGUUUCGAAUGCGUGUCCAUGUGUUUGAGCGCCUUGUCGAAGCGAUUGAAGGUGCAGACUCCUACUUCAAGCAAAAGGAGGAUGCCAUCGGCCGUCUUGGGCUUAGUGGUUUGCAAAAGGCAUUUGCUGCUAUUCGCAUUCUUGCAUAUGGUCUAUCUGCUGAUGUUGUAGAUGAGUAUGUCCGUAUUGGUGAGUCAACUGCUCGUAAGGCUCUCCACCAUUUUUGUCGGGCUAUCAUUUCUGUGUUCGGGGAGUACUACCUACGUGCUCCGAACGCAGAAGAUGUAGCAGGGUUCUCAAAAUUGGAGAGCAACGUGGAUUUCUAG